AUGUCUUCCACCAAAGCCGCAAGGCAUCAAGAUCAGCGAGGACAGACGGCAGCUAAAUGUCCACAGAAUGCCAAUGGCAGGAAUAGCCAUCCGCAAGGAACAGCCCCUGCUGCGCGCCAACUACCCGGAGAGUCCGAUGUCAACACACUCUUCGUUCCAAUUCCAAAGCGAAAGAAGAAGAAGAAUCCACUUGACUUCUCAAAGCCCAACCCUGAAUUCGUCAAUAUCUUCAUAGGUUCUUUCAACUCCCAGCCGUUCAAGAUCCAUCUGGAUGUCAUCAUAGCCUACUCACCAUACUUUAAAACCGCUUUCACAAACAACGAAUUCGAAGAGGGUAGAACGAAGAGCAUGAGACUCAAAGAUGUCGAUGAGAAGGUCUUCGGUAUCUUCAACAACUGGCUCUACAAACCGGAUUGUCUUCGUGCGGAGGACGCCACAGAGCUGGGAUUGCUGAAAGUUGCCGAGCUCUGGACUGCUGCUGGUAAAUGGAGGAUCCCUUGCCUGCAAAACCAAUGCAUGAGCCUUCUCGUGAGGGUGAUCAUCAAAGAUCCGAAGCCUCCGACGCAAACCAGUGACAACGUCCUCCACCAGUUCCUUGUCCAUGCUUACUCGGCUAAGGAAGAGACGCAAUUGAAGAAGUUGGCUGUGCAGAAGAUGAUUCGGGUCCUGCCUUCUGUGAUCUCAUUGAAGGAUUGGGCUGCUGAAUUCCCUAAUGGCUUGAUGGUUGAUAUCUCUGAGGCGCUGAUGAAGCAUCAUCGGUCCCUCCCAGGUGGCUUGAGGAAUCCUCCGUUUGUGGUCAAAGAUUACAUGUUGCCUGAGGAGGAGUGA